AGUUAUUCUUAACGUUCAAACUAACCUGACGCUGCCGUCAUUCGACUCCCGGUUGAAAAAAAUCAUCGAUUACGGAGAGUUGCUUAGAGAAAAAUCGUUGGAAAAUAGUAUUUUUGUGGCCAAAUUACUUUUUAUGCGUCGUGUCGGUUUGGAUAGGUGUUUUUUCUUUCGGUAAAAUGGGAAACUGCCACACCGUUGGACCAAACGAGGCCCUUGUGGUUUCAGGUAACGUUAGCGCGUUUUUGACGAUGUGUUUCUAGUUGUCGAGCUCCUUCCUGGCUCUUGAGGCUCUAUGGAGGGACCAUAGAGGGGAGACUGGAGAUGGUUUAACGUUUUGAGCUAUUUCAAUCAUAGUUUUAGCUUUUACCUAUGUCAAAUGAUGUUUAACAUUGUAUAACAUGUGUUAAACAACCUUAACAUUUGAUGUACCCAUGCAGUGAGAAUUCCCGUAAUUUGACAGAAAAAAAGGACUAAUUUAUACCAUAUCUUUAUGUUUUGAUGAGCAGAACAUGCGCCAAAUAUUAGGUGGAUGGGAAUCGAAAGGAUAAAAGCCGUACUAUCAUUUUUCCAUGUAUUUAUUAUAUUUAUGUAUAUCUAUAUUCUACAUAGAUAGAUAGAUAGAUAGAUAGUCUACUGAGAUGCUUGCCUAAACUUGUUUUGUGGUUCAAAGGAUUUUGAAAACGUGGGUUUUCUUUAAAAUAGUUAUAAAGCCCACCAUACGAGCUGAAAUGUAGAGCAGGUUGGUUGAUGAAAUUUAGUGUUUCUUCUUCUUCUUGGUUUGGGCUGGUACAUGAAAAGGUGGAUCUCUGCUGCAGAAGGACUACAGCAAAUUUAAUUAGAUUAGAGAGUCCAUGACAGACCGUUCUGCUGGUGUACCACUGACCAGCACACGAGUCCACCCUGGCACACAGACAUGCGCCUCCUGUAAAAACAAAAAACAAAAUCACAGGCUGUUUUGUUCAAAAUAUAUGGUACUAAACCCCAGAAGUGUUCUUACACUGAUAUAUGUGUGUAUAUUUCAACAAACAGCUAAAAACUAAGUGUAAAAUGUAUGGAAACCUGAGGUUAUGCAUCUACGAAUAUUAUUGACUCUGUUUCCCUGUGAAACAAGUUCAUUUUGUAUCCAACUGUUGAAGUUUUUGUAUAUUUUUUCUUGAGAUUGCAGCGUUGUUCCUUAUUGAUGGCAUCAGUACCUUUUAUUUCAUUGUGUGUGAAAUAAAUUAAGGACAAUUAUUGUAUUUCGAGUGAUCUGUUGUGAGGGCAGGAUUCUUGUCAGUAAAACUCUGAUCUGGGCAUGUUGGAUACUUACUGAUAUUGAUGGACUGUAGGAAUUGAAAUUGUUGUAUCAAUCCAAUGAAUAGUUAUACCCCUAUUUAUGAUCGUUUGACUUCACUAGGAAAUCAGCAUUGGUGUCUUUCAAGGGGAUAAAUAGGUCAAGGUUCACAGAAAACUCAUAUAAAUGACUGUUUUUAUGAGGAAAAAUGGGCUAAAGAAAUUGCAUGGAUGCAUGUCUGGGCAGGGCUACUGUACAAGUUUGAGAUAAACAGCCUCAGUGUGUCACUCAUUUCGUGGAAUGUCAAGUAACAGUAAAAUCAAAUCAGUUCGUCACACAUUCAUCAUUAAUUUGAUGUGGAUCCUUAACAAACUAAGGCGCCUCUUUUUAAAAGUUAUGGCCUUCUCUGUGUUGGAAACUUUUGCCCUAGUUUUCAAGUGUGUAUUGCAUAAAAGCUUUCCUGUAACUAGAUCUGCCAGCACACUUUUUCUUUCUAAUCAAGAAAAGGACUAGCUCUGGGAUUUUCCAUUGUAAACAGACUUGAAAGAGUAUGUCAUUUGACCUGACACAGAGGAGUGGGUGCCAGCUGCAUGUCUUGAUUUCAAGAUUUAAGUAAUUCCACAAUUGUGAGAAGAAAUGAAUGUUGAAAUGUAUUGGGAGGUGUGAUGUCGCAAUCCUCUGUCGUGACAGGCAUCCCAUGAAAUAAUAACACCUCAUCUGUAAGUUUCAAAUGAAGUCUUGCUUCAAAAAAGUUGAGGACAAGGCCUUUCGUUGCUUGUGUAAACUCUCAUUCACUUGUACAAAGCCCCUCCUUUAGGCCCCCGUGCAGUGAAUACGGUCAGGAAUCCCAAUUAUGCUGGCGGUAUGGACUGGAAGGCUAAACUGGUGUGUAGCUCCAAGUAAGCCCAUAAGAUUUGGCCUGUUGCAGCUUCAAGUUGGCAGUGAAAUUUGGCAUGAGUCAGGUGGACUUUAAAAGGAAAGGCCUGUGAAACACACAUUCAAACAACCACUUUAGUCUGUUUAGAUUAGAUUGUAAUAACAGUGUGUUUGAUUAUAUCUUUAUUCUAUAUUGUUAGCAUGUAUUUGAAGGAGGUUAAAAAAGUUUGUAGAUGUAUUUUGUAUCAAUAUCCAUUUAGCAAUGCUAGGUAGCUGCCAGUGUAAAGGCCUAAUUAUUGUGUAGUACAAAUUGUCAUCAAACAGGAUAUGGCUCUCUUUCCAAGUUGUACUCCAUGUCCCUUUCCUGGUCAGUGUAUUGUUAUGCUGCUAUUUCCUGAGGGAUAACGUCCAGUCACACCAGGAAGAAUGUGUUUGACUUCAAAUGACACAAAAUGACCCUAAGAAGAGUCUUUUCCAGUAUCCCUGAUGAUAGAAAUGUUAAACACUGUGUAUGUGUGUGUGUGUGUCAUAUGUGGGUCGAUGAGUUCUGCUGUAGCUUUUGGUGGUGGUGGGAGAAUGUGCCAGUAAAGAUAGUCCUCCUGGCUCCUCCCCUUGACUCUGUCAGUUAACGUGUGACAGCUGGGAAUGUCACACUAAACACUGGAGAUUAAAACAUCAGACUGGGGCCAGUGAGAGGGACUGUAUGUGUUGCCUAUUUUACCAAACUUCUCAUCUGGAAGGAUCUCGCUCUCACUAUAAUACUACUGUUACUGUGAAUUUCUACAGUGCUGUGAUUGGAAAGCAGAGGCACAGAGGGUUUUGAGUUCAGAUGUUUCCACUGAGUUUUGUGUUUGAUUAAAGGGAGAGCCCAGUUUUUUUUUUAAAUCAACAUCCUUUUGUUUUGUUUUUUUAUAUUCUGGAGUCUACUUUACUUGUAUAUGCAGAAAGUUUCCAACCAGAUGAAAUCUGUGAGACAAGCUGCAGUGGUUGUUUUCUUGUAGGAUGCAAGCUCUUAGUGUGUCCUUGAAACAAGCUUUUUUUUAUACCACAAACAGCCCUGGAAAUGUAUUCAUGGUGUCCGACAACAACACUGGAAAACAUGCAGAAAAACUCAAUCUAUAUUUAAUAUCUCUGAUUUUUGCUUUUUAGUUAUGGUGUAAAGAUUAAUCAAUCAGAACAGGUUAUUGAUUGUAACAUUUGUGAUCUGAGCAUGUUGGUACACCCUGGAUCGGUAAAAAUGUUAUAUGUACUGGUCCAUGGAGCAGUUUUAAAGCUGUGAUUCAGCUGAUUGUUGUUUUUCUCUGUCAUUUUGAAAAACUAGUUUCUGUAACCACAUGUGAAAAAAGUACCUGUUUUUUAACUUACCGUAUUUUUCGCACUAUAAGGCGCAGUUAAAAUCCUUUUGGCUUGUCGGAGCACUGCAGCUUCCGUAGCCUUGCGGAGUUACUGAAUGAGUUAAAUAAAGUUUGACUUAUCUGAUUGUUUUGUUUGGCUUAAUGUGCUUUAUAAUCCAGUGUGCUUUAUAAUCCGGUGGGCCUUGUAGUGCGAAAAAUACGGUAAAUGUAGCCAUCAAGGAUUAAAUCUGUAUGUCCUGUUGGGGAGAGAUUCACACCUUUACUCGUCUCUGUUGACUGUGUACGUCAUGUCACAGUCACUGUCUUUAGUAGUAUUAUCAUGUGUGAAAUCACACAAGUCAACAAAGUGUGAUCUUUCUUCUUCUUCUCACCUUGACUUCUAGAGCUCUUCAAUCAAAUGAAUUGAUUUGUCCGUAGGUGAAGGAGUCUCUUACCCUGAACAAUACUUGCAGGUUAGAUGUUCAGUGUUAGUUACCUUGCUGAUCUACACUAGUUGGAGGAGAACCACCUUUGUGGCUCUGAAAAUCCAGGCGUAACCCUGAAGAGGAAAUCAAUACAAAUCCUGCUUCACUGCAUACCCUUCAAAUGUGUUGUAAUGUUUAUCAAGAUGCCCGUAGUUGAUGAUCCUUUGUCAUGAUUUAUGACUCGGAUAACUGGUUUACACUAAAUCAUGGGAACUGUCAGAUUUUGAUGUACCAAUUUGUGCACCACAUGUGCAGACCGCAUUAAACAAGCUUGAUGAUGCUCUAGAUGGAAACCAUCAAAAUCAGUGAGUAAUGAUGAGAUAUUUGCACCCAGAACACACAGGUGGAAGACAUCUGGCCCUGUUGACACGAGGGAAAACAAAUACUGCCUCGCUGUAGUGACACAGCGGAUCACAAUAACUGGCAGUGUGUGAGUGAGUGGGAAGAGAGGAGUAGUACAUCUAGAGAUUGCAAGUGGCACCGGAAAGCAGACACAGUGAAAGCUCCAUCUGUAACACCAGAGGAGCACGUUGUGGUCCUGUGGUUGGAAGAGUGGAGCUUGUUUUUAUGAGUUUCUGAAGAGCACAUGAUCAUCUUAGACCAUAAGCAGAACUGAGAACUGGGUCACUGUCUGAUAGAUGUCUCUUUGUGCUUCUACAAUUAAGAAGUGACAUAUCAGAUCCUGUGUUUGAAAUAUGUUACUUCCAGUGAAAUUGUAUUUGAAAAUAAUGUAACCAGCAAAGAAGAUACUCAAGUGUUUCCUUUUUUAACAUUUUUCCCUGCUGCGUUCUAACAUCGGCUCACCCUGACUUCACACAUACAUUUUACUGAGAAACUGUUCUAAAAAAAGUUUAGAUGAAGUUGGGAUAAAAAUCACAGCUGUUUGCUUUCACACAUGCUCCCCACUCUAAAAAUUUCAGGAAGUUUAAAGUUUUGUGCCUGUGUGAAAAGUUAAUGAGAUAGGCCGACGCAAAUAUAGAACGCGAAAUAUCCGGAUGUUUUUUAGUUCUGAUUAGACACUAGUGUUGAGAUGGCUGUCUGUCAUGAUAGCAUGUACUGAGUCGGGGCCAGUACCAGAUAAGCACAUUAAACUAUUAUCCAUAAACGUAAGGUAACAACCGAGACCUAAUGGUGUUGUGACAGCAACGCGAUUGAGUUUGAGACGGUAGAAAUACAUAUGGUAUGUUGUAUCUGAACAGGUUAGCUUACGAGCUAAAGUUACUUAGCAUGGAUGAAAGUUAAAACAAAGACGUUUAGCAAACUGUUAAAGCACACAAACCAUCGUCAUAUGAGAAAUCCGACGCUAUGACUCUCCACAAGUUGUCCUUCAGGUCGUUAUCUUUGUAAUGUUUGUGUCUUUUAUUCUCUGACACAUAAACAAUCAGCCGGUCGGCCGUGUUGGAUAUACUGGUGAAUCUGACGUCUCAACAACAUGCAGUCUGGUUGGUCAGAAGUGGACACACAGUAUGCGAAACUUUGGUACUGGACGAUGAUCCCAAAAAAUAAAUGCCGCAGUAUUGCAGGACGGGAAAACAUUGCUGAUGUGAACACUUGUAUUGACAGGAUACGGCUUCAAAAAUAUAUAUAUUGACGUCUGAAAUAAUCGCACAACAAAAACGGUCCCAGUGUGAAAGGAACUUUAAACGUAUUAAAGCUGCUGUGGGAAACUUUUAGUUUACGGCAGUUCUGGCACCCCCUGUGGACAAAGCGCUACCUUUUAUCUCUUUUCCUGUUUAUGUAAGAGUAGUAUUUUCUGACACCUCAUCCUGUUGUCUUUUAACAGUGAAUUGUAUCAUUUACUGUAUCUAGUGAAAGGCUGUUUUCCUCAGUCUGCUGUUGAUCGUGUGGUCUGAAACCUAGACCCCAACAGCAGUUUCAGGCAUCACAACAGCCUUGUUGCUGAUAGUUUUGUUUACAGUAUCUGUUUCAGUCUGUUUCUCACCAGCUAAAACCUCCUCCCAGUGCCUUUAGAAUAGCUUUUAAUUUCAGUCUAAUUUAGAUUGCAGCAGCUGCAGCAGGCUUGAACUGUAUGUUUAUUUCAGUCUGUUAUUGGGUCAUGCAACUAUUUUUUUUCCACUUUGACUCGAACAAUGUGUCAUCUGUUCCUCUCCUCUAUCGCCCUACAGGUGGCUGCUGUGGCUCCGAUCAGAAGACGUAUGUAGUGGGAGGCUGGGCCUGGGCCUGGUGGCUCAUCUCUGACAUCCAGAGGUAAGACCUGUCUGCUCCAUCUCCAGACCACAGACAGUGUCUCAGAGUCCCCUUGAGCUGCUUUGUCUUGAGUAGAAAGCUAAUAAGAACAGGGUAUCUGCAGGUUCACGGAUCAGAAAACUCUGUCUAGAUAUUUGAAGUUCCUUUGUCUAAAGAAUAAUACAGGCACUAACAGGAUUUUUAUCACAACAUGCAUGGAAAAGUGGCCUUGUGAAAAUCUGAAGUUUAUUUUAAGGGGAUUCACUUGACAUUGUCCUGGUGUUAAAAAUAUGCUGUCGGACAAAUGUGUAUUAGUUCAAGGCUGAAAACAUUUCCAACAGAUGUUUUUUUGUUUUUAGACUUGAGAUUUGUUUAUGAUAAGUUGUAUCUAGAACUAAUAUAUUCAGAAAUGACAGCUUUUUUCCAUUGAUUUGAAUGAAAGCCUACUAACACAAGCUGAUUUUAAACAUGUCAGUGGAGAAUGAAAAAGUUAUUAAUGAAAAUAAAUCCUAAGAACGAAUGUUUACUCAAUAUGUAAACAUAGCGCCUCUUCACUGAUGGCUGCUUUCAGACGUUCCAACAAACCAGCUUCUGAGAAAUAGCUGUAAAGAUGGACGGAUGGUACAGUAUACGGCAGUGCCAGAAACUUAAGGUUUACAAAACGAUGCAAAGCACGGUCAAUCUUUAACAAUAUACCAGCAAAAAGAUAAAAAGUAGAGGAUACUUUUCAUCUGAUGUUGAUAAUAUUAGCUGAGAAACAACCGAUACUUGGUUUUUGUUUCUCGGGCAGAAUAAAAAACAUCAGAACUAGAUUUUUUUGUUCGGUCAUGAUUAAGUUGAAGUGAAGAUAUAAAAACUGCAGCUGAAACACUUGAUGGCCUUGCUUGCUGUUUGUUUGACCUGAUUUGACUGUGUUCUUUUGUUUGCAUUGCAACAAUCUACAGUCCACACUGCCAUGUGAUCAGCUUUUCAGUGACACUCUGACCAGAAAUUCAUUUCUUUGUCUUCCAUUUCUGCUUAAAUAACAAAAGAUAGAGUUAAUUCUUCUGACAAAGUUGAUCUAAGCUGUAUUAUUGUUCCUUGUCGCUGUAGUUUGUUUCAUUGAUUUGUUGUUAUGUGUCUGUCCGCCUGCCUCUCUCUUUCUAUGUUGCUAACCUGCUUUGCUUCGUCUGGUGUCGAUCUCACCCCGUCUCAGCCCCUCUGUGUCUCCUCCAGGUUUACCCACUUCCCAUUAAGUGCUACUUUGUCUUUAGUUGCUAGGAGACCUGGACAGUCAGCCUCGACGGUAGACCUGGACAGUCAAAUAAAGCAGCUGCUUGGCUGGACUCAUAAAUCCUCGUUUAGAGACUCAAGCUACCUCAGGAACCCUCUGUUGUCUAUUUUUGCCCAGCCUUUGGUCAUGUGCAGUUUGGUCAAUACUAGAUAAUAAAACAAGAGGAGAUGUUCUUACUUCUCUCCUGAGUACCGUCCCCUUAAGCUAAAAGCCCUGUGUGCAUGAGCAAGAAGCUGGGCAGCCUAAUAGACACAGAGGGAGGCUGUGUGGCUUCCCGCUUGUGAUGCAGUAAUCAUGUUAAUGUCCAGGCCUGUGACUCAUUGAUCUGAUUCAUCUGGAGGUGGAGCUGUUAGCCAGAGAGUCUCCUCUUCUGCUGCAAUCAGCCUCCAGUGUCCCAUGACUCUGACAUCAAUGGAUUCAAGUCUUUUUUUUUUUUUCAUUAAAAAAAACAGAUCUGGCUGCUUAAUCUGCUCUGAAACAUGAACUAUCCAGCUGGAGCUAAUGUGGAGGAGUGCGAUUGUUUGUGGAGGACAUUCCUGUGUAAUCUCAAACUAAUGUAAUCAUGGUACAGGAAUCCUGUCAGCACUGAUUUAACUUCUCUUCUAUGGAACAUGCUCUUUGACCCACUAGAUAUUUACAAAGACAAGAGAAAGUGGGAACAUUUGUUCUUUCAAAGGUGUCACAUUAGAUAGGAAUUAACUAUAUAUAAAGAUGGGCAACAUUUCGCCUUCCAUCGAAAAAAGUGAAGUCAAAAUACAGGGUUUCAUAUAGGAUUUAAAGGGGACUUCAUGGCAAUCGAAGCCAGCCCUAAGUGGACUCUCAAAAGAUUGCAGGGUUAAUUUUGCAUUGGCUUUAAAGGAGGUUGCCACUUGACUGUAACACUCAUUUGUCAUUUAGCUUAUGUAAAACAGCAAAGAUUCCUGUUCUACUUAUUAGUGGAUUUAAAGCAGAUAUUUGGUGUUCUGGAUGGUUCCUGUUUCAGUGUUUGUUACGUUUUUUCUCUUCAUUCAGCGCUACAUUUUCGUUGCAUUAAAUGACCAGUUAAAAGUUUUUCGGAAAAUAAAAUCCAAGACAUAAAAUAGGAUUAGAACUCACUAUAAUGACAAAGGCGGCCAUGUUUGAGAAAGUUCAAAUAAAAACUCAUUUAUUUGAUUUCAUAGUUUGACCCCAUCUCCCAUCUGUUGACAUUGAGUUUGACCUCUAUGGCCUGGUAUGUUCUGUAGCAACUGGUAUUUCCAACUGUUUAAAGUUAAAUUUUGAUUCUGACCAGCCGACUGGUUUAAAGGUCCAAAAGCACUCUAAAAAACUGUCAAAACUGAGCACAACUUGACUUGAUACAGCUAUAAAAGAGUCUAAUGGUAAAUAAUGUGAAUGGACUUGUCAAGUGUGGCUAAUGUUAGCAGAGCUAGCACCACCAGCCUUUGGUCCCCCCCUGCAGGUUAACUUCCACACGCCUGCACUUGUUAAGCAUUGCUCUUCAUUUAUCUUAAUCAUAUUUAUUUAUAUUUAUUAAAUCAAAAACAUUCAAAAGGCACGUUAAGAUGUCGUCAAUCAUUUGUGUUUGUUUACAUCUAGAUGGUAGAACAUUAUGACAGGCACUGCUAGUACAUUGGCACACUAGUAAUUCUGGUAUACCGAGGGUGGCAGGCAUGAACUGUUUAGCUGACUAAACUGGCACAUCCCUGUAGGGGGAGCUCCAGAUGUUUUGGCUUCACUUUUGCAGAGCUGUCACAUAUUGUCUAUUUCAUUGGCCACCCUUUGGAGCCAACAGCAAGAGGUCAGGUUGUGUCCUUUACCCUCUGCCCCUCUUCUCUUCCCCCUACUCCUCUCUUCCUCUAAUCUUGGUUACUGACAUUCCUAACAGCUGUUGUCCAACUUACUGUUUUGCCUCUGCUAUUCCCGCCUGCCUGCCUGCCUGCGUAGAAUGUCUCUGGAGGUUAUGACCAUCCUCUGUCGCUGUGAGAAUAUCGAAACCUCGGAGGGUGUUCCCCUGGAUGUGACAGGGGUGGCUCAGGUAAUGCAUCCCAAAAGACCCCCUCUAAAAAAAAGAAAAAGCAAGCAGUGGCUGGUGCUGGAGACCAAAGGAAGACUCAGGGAAACGGUUCGACUAACAAGCUAACGUCUGUGUUUGUUUGUUUUUCUCACCUUCAUGGCUUUUUUUCUCCGGCAGCAGAAGGGGGACACUCAGCUGUCUCUCACUCGGGCUUUGCCAUUAAGCUCAACUCUGAGUCACCAUUGGCAACGGGGUCAAUAAAUGAAGGCUUUUGAAAUGGCAAAAAAAAUAAGAUUUGAGGAUGUACGCAAAGUACAAAUUUGAAUUUGAAACACAAAAAAAGACAAAAACCUACAUUCUGGGUAGCGUCUCAUUUUGCUCCGUUGUUAGUGAUCUGGAGUCCUUGGGUGAAUGGUUUCACUUUGUCCUGUUCUUGGCCCUUCCCUUCAUUUGCUUUGUCAAUUUUUAUUUUAUAAUUUUUUCCACAUUCUUCACAGGAUAACGCUUGAGAUUAUGACCCUGCAGCCCAAGUGUGAGGAUGUAGAGACAGCGGAGGGUGUAGCUAUUACUGUCACAGGGGUGGCUCAGGUAAAUCACCACACUUUCCUGGGAAUGCCAGUUCAGACUCCACUAACACCCCCACACACCACCCCUUUCUUACCCACCCUCCUUUUUUCUCUGGCAUCCCCCCAUAAUCACAGCACAGGUGGGGUUCAUACAGAGGACUCAAGAGAAGAUGCACACCCUUACUUUUGAUCGAGACACUGAAACAGAUGUUGCAUGAUGAGCCCUCAUACCUGGGCACAUUACACCUAUUCAAAACCAACUGAACCUGCAUUCAGACUGACAGUAGCACACGUUUCCCUCAUUUCUGUCACUGAGAAACUUUGUGUCUGUUAAUCUUUCAAACUGGUCCUCACAGUCUUUGCACCAGCAUCCCACUGCUGCCUGCACAUCCACAUUAUUGUGCCCUGCCCCCUCGUGUUUUGCUGAAAAAGUGUUAUUUUCAGUCUGAACUUGGUUGUAGUGUGACAGGGAAAGGGGACUGAUGUGCAUUCAAGUGACAGUGUCUGUCAGUGUUGUUUGUUGGAUUUGUGCUUUUUUAAAUAAAAUGUUUCAGUUGAAAACUUUGAGGUAUUAAAAAGAAAAUCCACCUUGAAAAAUUCACCAUCUGACUGCAUAUACUGUACUCUCUUGUCCACCCUAUGAAAACAUGAAAAAAGCUGAAAAGUUAAUCUUAAAUUAAACUUUAUAGUUUCCAUUUUUGUUUCAUUAAGUGUGCAAAUUAAUGUGUGUGAUCAGUAGCAGGAAGGCACAGUUAAAAACAGAAGUUCCUGAUUCACAGUAUUUUUCCGCUUGUAGAUGAACUCAAAACUUGCUCUUUGGCUGUGUGUGUUUUCACCUACAUGUUUUUGUUGCUGAUGGAGGUGGUUUGUUGUGAAAACAACAUUCAGACUCUUGGCAGAAACAUGAGGCAAAGCUCAUUGUCAACCUUUCACUCCUCUGCAGUUGUUGCUCUCAGGCUGAACAUGUUAGUGAGACUGAGAGGUCAGAGUGUCUGCUUUUUUGCUCUCAGUGCAGACCACUGCAUGUAAAGCAGCUGGCAAAGAAAAUCUACAUGUAUGUUGUACACACCAAGCUGCUGAUUUUGUUGUAUAAAAAGUGUUUUUAAAUGACAUAUUAUAAAUUUAUGUCUGUACAUAGGGCUGGGCGAUUUGGCCUCAAAUCAAUAUCACGAUAUAUUGAGCAGUUCACCUCAAUAACGAUAAAUGGACGAUAACUACUUCACAAGCUGCUCACCCCUUCCCACAUUAACUUUGUCUACUUCAGCCACUGCUCCUCACCUGUCUUUCCCUCUUUGUUAUGGACUGGAUGGGGUGGAGUCACGUCUCUGACAUAGGACAGCGUCUUAAAGGGACAUGAGAUCAUGGCCUACCGACAUACAUCCAAAAACAACUUUUAUUUAUUCUUUUUUUUUUUUACAUCAAAAAUAUUGACAUGUCCAAAAUUCCGUUGGUUAUUGUCAUAAAUUUUGGUAUUGGUAAAUUUUCGGUUUAUCGCCCAGCUCUAUAUGUACAAGCAAAGAUAAUCAAAGAAAUAAAAGGUGUAGUUUUGUACUCAAAGGUGACCAAAAUUGCAGUUAAGGUUCAUCCCAGAAGCUUUGAAUUUGUAAAAACUUCAAUGUUGAUAGACCCUCAGCUCAUUUGCAGCUAAGAUCAGAGGAGGAAAAGCUGCAUUUAAUCCUCAAUCAGCUUCUUUAAAACUAUCUAAUCUAAGCAGCUUUUUUCCCUGUUGUGUCACAGCCAAUUCUACCUUUAAGGAAAUUAUUAACACAGUAUUUUUGUAAAAUGUGCGCCUCUGUUGCCAAAGUUUCCCGCUCUUUAACAGCAAAUUUAAGGUCAACAGAAUGUACAUGUGAGGUCUCAUUAUUCAGUAAUCAAACAAUAGGAACCUUUUCACUUGUGCAAUCUGCAACCGGAUAAAAUAGAGUUGAACGUUACGCAAAGCAUUUUCUUAAGCAUGAUCAGCAGGUAACAAUAAAAACUUGCACUGUAAGUAUGUGUGGAGGCCUGUUGUAAACCACUUCCCUUUACCAUAAAUCCAGUUCAGUCUAGUCUUGUCUUGAAGAAAAAUGUCAUCAUAGUCAGUGAGUGAGAUUAGUAGUAAAAGUCAGAGUUGAUUCAAGGUGGUUUUUCUCUUAAAGAACUUCAGAGUGUACCGUCUCUUUCUAUGUCCCGCUCUCACUCAUUUCCUUUUUUGUCAGCAUGCCAGUUUUUUUCCUUUUUUUUUUGAGAGAUGAUGCCUCAUUAUCAGUUUUGUAUUUUAGCCGCACCCAUGCCAAUUUUCCUCUCCUCUGUGUUUCCCUACAUGCAUGUCAACAAUGAGCCCACUGUUUGGAGCUGAACAGCCCCUCACUCUCACACAGUUCACUUCACAGAGAGGCUCAUCAUGCCAGCAUUUGAUUGGUCCAACCUAGGCCCCGACCAUUGUGAAGCGUGUGUCCCGUGGCAACAGGAAAUAUGUGUUCUUGACUUUAAGGGACAUAUAUGUUUAGACAGAGAGGAAAGCACCCACAGUGGAUUUUGAUUCAGGAUAUUGUUCUAACUUGCAAAUGAUUAAAUAAAACCCAGUUUCCCAUGUCAAUCACAUUUAAAUUUUUGUCGUUUGAACUUUUAAAGGUUUAAACUUCUAUAACUUUUAUAAAGCUACAUUAAAUCAAAAACACAUCUGUCUUCUUUUAAAGGGUAAGUUUUGGCCAUUUUGCAGAAGCACAUGUUGAGGAAAUAGUUGUCAGGCAAAGUUUGCGUGCCUUUCUUUUUAAAAUUUCCUGUGUUUCGUGUCUCUUGAAGAAGCUGUGGGUUUGGAGGAGAAGGAGGAGGAGGAAGGGUGGUGUCAGAGGGAAUGUGGGGUGUGGGGGGUUGGAGGUCAGCAGUAAAGAUUGCAUUCACACACGUCUUUUAAUGGAGUGUGGGCCGCAGAUUGGCGACCCCUGCUGUCUGUCUGUCUGUCUGGACUGGCCUGUGUGUUUGUGUGGCUGGCUUGCAGCCUUCUCUGUUUUCAGACCUGUGUUUCCUUGGAAUGAUGACCAUCUUUCCCGACUUUGUGUUGCCCUCAUUUCGUGGUAUGAGUGCAUGUUGCAAAAACCCAAACCAUGUGCAGACCUCUCGCCUAAGGACCCAGCUCACUCUCUGUUUUCUUACAGCUCCAGUGGAGUUCAACUUCACCCAAAACCUUCUGUCUCACACCAUUUUUUUAAUUUCUGGACUGCAGAGUGACCUCUGUCUCUGUCCCUGACUGGACUUGUGUUUGUUAUUGUGUUACUGUGUAAACCUCAGAUCAUUGCCAUUGAUUUUUCUUCUGUUUAGAUUUACUGUAAACUAUCCCACUAAUGAUUUUUCCCUGAUUGAACUCCUUCAUUGUAUUUUACCCCAAGCAUCGUUUUUGACCUGGUAACAUAAUAGUACAUUAGAAAGCCAUGAUUGACACUGGAGCCCCAAAAGAAGCAGGUUCUGGGUCAAAUUUCUUUAUUGCAUGAGAACAAAUAUUGGUAAUAAAUGACCAGAUUAUAAGAGGCAACACUCUCCACUCUUUAGUGAUGAAUAUAUCGUCCAAAUCAUCUUGUGCUGUGAUGUAUUAUAGAUUCACUACAGAAAGUAUAUAGACUUUAAACUGAUUUGACAUUUGGACUAUUGUAUUUGAUAACAUUUAUAAUUUUGGGUUUUGGGUCAGUACCAUAAAACCAUCCAUCUCUAGUGUUCAAGUUAACACUGGAAGGAGAACAGUAAAAAAAUGUUAAAUGUUGAUGUUGACAUACAUUAUGAAAACAGUCAUAUUAUUGCUCUGUAUAACUAUAAAAUUACAUUUUGAGUGAUCAGCCUUUCCUCUGGUCCCGAGUCUGUUCCCAGCACCUGCUGUGCGAUUUGAAAUAUUUUAUUAGUAUUUACAGUCUUACAGUUUUGUGUGUUCAGAUAAUACCUGAAAAAGCUCAUUGGAAGUUCGAAAAACUCUAAUACACUGCAGCACCUUAAAACAAACCAAACAUUCAUGCAUCCAUGUCACUGAUGAACUGCAGGCCUAACCAGACUGAUCGCACUUGUCACUCUGUAAAUGUUUUGCUCUCUUUUGUACUUUGAUGACAUUACUGAUGGUGUUAACUUUAAAACAGAGUGAAGUAUGCUCACUGAUCAGAUGAUGAAUAGUUGUAAGAUGAGCCAGUGUUGUGUUUUGUCAUGUAUUGAUGUGUGCCACACCCAUGUGUGCCUGUGUUUGUGUUUGUAGAUGUGUGUUCAGCUGAUGAUCUUUGUCCUCUUUGGCCCCAGGUGAAAGUGAUGACAGAAAAUGAACUGCUGGGUUAUGCCUGCGAGCAGUUUCUGGGAAAAUCUGUCGUUGAAAUCAAGAGUGUCAUCCUGCAGACCCUCGAGGGUCACCUGCGUGCCAUUCUUGGUGAGUGAUCCCUCAAAACCACAUGAGUAUUGUACAUCUUUUUCAUCAAUGCAAUCUUGUAAAGUUUUUAAAUCUAUGCUUGAGUCUUAUAAAAGAAGAAAAAAAGAAGGAUUAAGACACAGACCGAUGAAAAGCUUGAAACUUCCAGCAAGAGUAAACAACACGCUGUUUCUUCAGUAUAGCUUUCCCUUCACAACUGUUACAGGCAUUGAAAAUUAGAUCAUGUAAGCAAUGGUUUCCUUUUGCUCUUGUACAUUAUAGAGACAUGUCACUGUUCAUUUCAGUCUAUUUCACAGAAAACUCCCUACAGGAGCGUUAAACUAGAAAAUAGUGUGUUGGUUGGUUCAUAGUGGUUUGUUCUUCAUGAGUCUUACGGCCUCACUGCAUUAGCUUGAUAUAAGACAGUUGCCUGGACUUGUCAGGUGAACGUGGCUUACGUUAAGCCCUGAAAAACAAAAACACUCAUUCAGUAUUUGUCAAGAAAAUUGAAGCAGUUGUUCCUGUUUCAUUUCUGAUCGGGUCAAAUGUGUUUACUUGAGAAUGACUGUGCUCAACAGCUUUGUAAUAAUAAUAAACCGUCAUCAACAUGCACAACAACAACAACACACUGGGGUUCGCUCAAAUGCUAAAUGAGCAAAAAGGUCAGUUUGAUGAAGGAGAGCACAGGGAAGCAGAACGGCUCUGAAGACAAAUUAGACAUUAUAUUGAACACAAUGGUGCUUACUGCUUCUGUUUAUGCCAGGAGAAAUGUAUAACUUCCUCUGUGGCAGGGGGAGUUGUUCAUACUGUGGGAACUGCUACUUCUCCUGUUGUAUAUUAGCUGUUGGCUGAGGGUGAUUGUGAGUUAUGGGUAACUUGGCCUCUGUGCUCCCUCGCAUAUUGGUUUUCUUCAUCAGUGUGCUUAAAUUUAGGUAAGAAUAAAACAAGAGCAUAAACAGGAGGGCAAUCAACCCUUUUUCUUUCUUUUCAGGUACCUUGACUGUUGAGCAGAUUUACCAGGACAGAGAUAAAUUUGCCACUCUGGUGCGAGAGGUGGCAGCACCAGACGUUGGUCGUAUGGGCAUUGAAAUCCUCAGCUUCACCAUCAAGGUGUGGGAAAUGAAGUUUAUGUAGCUCUGCAUUUAUCUGUCGCACAACCUGUUUCCUGUUUCUGAUCUGACUAACAAUAACUUCUCUCUCUCUUUUCCUGACAGGAUGUGUAUGAUAAAGUGGAGUACCUGAGCUCACUGGGAAAAACUCAGACAGCUGCAGUGCAGAGGGAUGCAGACAUCGGAGUGGCAGAGGCAGAGAGAGAUGCUGGCAUCAGGGUAAGACAAGCACUUUAUAAAACAUCCAUUCCCUGAUUACUAAUGACCCUUGCAUUAGGAAACUAGCACUCUUCAUCCGUUUCACGUCAUUUUUCUGCUCUGUCCUCUUCACAGGAAGCUGAGUGUAAGAAAGAAAUGAUGGAUGUGAAGUUCUUAGCUGACACAAAAAUGGCCGACUCCAAACGAGAGCUGGAGAUGCAGAAAGCUGCUUUUAACCAGGAGGUGAACACAAAGGUAUGGAGCUGUAUGUCUUUAAUUCACUAUAUAUUAUCAGUAAUUACAUGUAGCAUGCAAGCGUGAGUUUCAUGUGCUCCUUUUUUUAGAAAGCAGAGGCGCAGCUGGCCUAUGAGCUGCAGGCAGCCAAAGAGCAGCAGAAGAUCCGUCUGGAGGAGAUUGAGAUCGAGGUGGUGCAGAGGAAGAAGCAGAUCACCAUUGAGGAGAAGGAGAUCGAUCGAACUGACAAGGAGCUCAUCGCUACAGUGAAGAGACCCGCAGAGGCUGAAGCGUACAAGAUGCAGCAGCUGGCAGAGGGACAAAAGUGAGUGUUUUUCACACAGAGCCCAUCCUCACUUCACUUUUAAGGUCUCUGUACUAUUGAUAGCUUACAUGGGGACUCAUUUUCCCGAACAAAACAAUAUUCAUCACUUAUUUGUAAAUGUCCUUUUAAGUGUAAACAUUUAAUAAAUCACAGUUCCUGAAACAGGAGGAACUAUGCGGCAACAAAACACAAAAUCUGGGAGACGGUGUGGUAUGGGCUAACCUUUAUGCUACGAAUCAAGCCGAUAAAUGUUAACAUAAUUUUAAUAUUUAAUCACAAAGUAGAAAAUGAGUGGCUACUGCAGCAUCACCAAUGUAGCCGCCUGUUAAUCUACCCAGAGAAAUUAGUCCAAAAAAGUUCUUCCGCCUCCGUAUUUGCUGGGGACCAUUUUUCUCAAGACUUAAUCCUAAGCACUCUUGUAGACAAUUUACACAUCUUAAACAAGCAUGCUUUCUAAAUUUAAAGUCUGUCUACAACUACACACACACACACACACACACACACACACACACACACACACACACACAUAUAUAAGGACUCCUUAAGUGUGUUUGCACCAGUGAUAUAAAUGAGGGGUAAAUAAAAUGUGUUCUAGAUAUACAGCUAGUUGGAAAAAGUCAUUUUUGUUAUAAUCAAACAUAUAUUUUACAUAUCAUCUGUGUAGACAUACACCUUCAUUAUCAGUACAUGACUGUUAGUGAACUGUGCAAACUGAACAGUCCUUUUAAUGCCUCUGUAACCCAUCACCAGGACAAAGAAAGUGCUGACAGCGCAGGCUGAAGCUGAGAAGAUCCGCUUCAUUGGUGAGGCUGAGGCCGCCUCCAUCGAAGCUGUUGGAAAAGCAGAGGCUGAGAAGAUGAGGAUGAAGGCUGAGGCCUACCAACAGUAUGGAGACGCUGCUAAGACAGCUCUGGUCCUGGAGGCACUGCCCAAGGUCUGUGGUUUAUGUUUAUAUACAUUUGGUUUUAGAAUGAAACACCUACUUUUGAGAAGUUUGGUUUUAUGCUGUGAUUACUGGGAGUCUGUGAAACACAGGGGCUGGCAUUACAGUCCUCUCAGUGUUUUCUUUAGACAGCUCACUGGUGCUUGUUUUCUCAAACCUCAGCACCUCAGUCACCAGCAGAGAAGUGUAUAAUGUGGGCUUCUGUGAUACAUUUGUGGGGUAGAAAAGGCAUGAUACCAGUACACCCUCAUGGUUUACAGACUUUUUAUUCUUGGAAACCAAACCUCUGUGUUAAUUCAUAAGACAUGUAGAGGAGGAGGAACUAUUAACUUUAACAAAUAACCAUUUUAGAGUGCGUUGGUCUCUCUUUCAAAUUAAAUUGUAACCAUGUGAAUUGUACAAACUAUUAAAACACAAUAACAAGAAUUUAAGGCAAUAGUAAGCUUGUUGCGCAGGUCCCAAAAAUCGUUUUUUGGAGAUGAACCAAUCCUCUCACCUUGCAUAUGCUACCGGCAUGGAUUAUCUAACACUGAGAGUGUUGCUUGGCCCUUUAAAUUCUUGAGCGUACUAAUGAAGUAUUAGUAAUCACAUCAAUCAGAGCUAUCGAUAAAAUAAAGAAAAUAUUGAAACCACAUUUAAUUCAAGUGAUGUCAACAUGUUGUAAGAAGAAGAGGAAAAGCCAGUAAUUGUUUUUCAAACUUGGUCAAUUUGAAUUUAUCCCCAAAACUGUCAAUUAUUUUCUUGUGUGUUGGUGAAAUACCAAACAGUUGUGCUUUAACUUGUGUUACAACAGAUUGCCGCCAAAGUGGCUGCUCCGUUGGCGAGGACCAAUGAGAUUGUCAUCCUGAGUGGAGAGGGCAACCGUGUGACUGGAGAGGUGACCCGUUUGUUAGCUGAGCUCCCCGUGUCCGUCAACGCCCUCACAGGAGUGGAUCUGACCAAGGUGAGAGAGACAGGGUUCUCCAUCACAACAUCAAGUGAAUGAUACCUCUUUAUUUUGACAUGGAGUUAUAUCUUCAGGGUCAGCUGACGGUAAAUGAUAGGUAAUAAAUUUAAACAGAAAAACUCCUAUACUGGACAGUAGGUGUGUACAUUUGUGGGCUUUAAGAGUAUCAGUGGAAAUAUUUACCCAACAACUGACUGAGGGCGACUUUAUAAGGCCUCAAUGCUGCUGUUUAUCAUGCAGUCUUAAGGGAUUUUCCAAAACAACUGCAGAAAAUAAACGUUUGAAAGCAGCUUGUAGAAUCACAUGAAAAUUCUUUUCCAUCCAAACAUCAGCCAAAUAUAAAAGUUGCCAUUGUGGGGAAACAGUUCUUUCUAGUGUUUAAGCCAUGUUGUCGAUAUGCAGAGGCUAUAGUCCUUAAGCGGCUGGCCAGGGUUGGAGGUUUGAGCCCCUUGCAGCUCUUUCUUGGUGUCUUUUCAAGUCUCUCUCCUGAUGUUCUGCUUUAUCCACUGUCCUGUCCUCUUCAAUGAAAGUAGGAAAAUACAACAUUAUAAAUAUAUACAUAAUUAUCGUUUUAAAGAAAUCUAUCGUUUUAAAGUAGCUCACCAGGGUGGAUAAAAAUUAACCUGGUGCAGUGUCAAUAGGAGGAGUUGAACAUUUUGAGAAAUUGAAUUUUCAUCUAUUUGAAAAAAUAAUUUCUGUAAUUAGAGGAUUUUAAAGACAUAUAUACUUUUUGAUGCACGAGAGGAACUUUUUUGCAUGGGUGUAACAUUUUUGAUUUACUGUUAUAACAGGAUGAGUACAGCGACUUAUUAUAGUUCUGCAUUUAAUAUUACUGCAUCUUUGUCUUUUUUAUGAUACAUGACUUUUCCUAACUGGUAGAGCCUGAUCGAAAGUUACAUUUUAAUAAAGUUCUGAGGUUAAAAUCCUGUCACAGAUUACAGAUGUGGCAGCUGUUCAGAUUUUUUUAAGGAUUGAGAAAAGCCUCUAAAGAGUCCUUAAACUUUUCUUGAUAUUUUCCAGAGUCCACGUCUGAAAGCAGCUUUUUAUAAGCCUCUCUGUUGCUGCUGUGAUACAGAGAUACCUGUUUUCUCCGACUGUGUGAUAUCACUGAGAUCCAGUCCCUCGUGCCUCUAUCUCUCUCUUUUAAAACCAGCUAAUCCUCCUCUCCUCUGAUCCCUCAGAUGCCUCUGCUGCAGAAGAUGGUGACCCCACAGUGCCAAACAGCCAUGUGAUGAUUUGGUCAACAGACUCGUUUCUCUGAAUCUUUCGACAGUUAUCUGCCUCAAGCAUGAAAAUACGUUUUAGUUUUUUUUGUUUUUUUGUUUUUUUUUCAGCCUCUGACCCCGUAUGCAAACUGCCUUUGACCAGAAACACUUGACGCCAACUGAAAAGGUUUUUUAUAUUUUUAAGAGAUUUAUCAUUUUCUAAAGGAAAACAAGCUGGGGCCUUAAAACCGAAGGACCAGACUGUGUGUAUUUUCUGUUGUUUUAUUUUUAGAUGUUGAUUUUUGUCACACUGCACUAAUUAGCUAGGAUUAUAUGCUGCAAUCCUUUUCAGUCCGACUAGCCACCUAACGCAGAGUAUUUCGGGUUAGGGAGUUAGGGACUGACGGCAGAGUCGGCUUGUUUAAAUUGCGCGUUGAAGAUUGUUUAUUAAAUGAAAAACACCGCAGCCUUCAGAAAGAGUUGAAAACAUGAAGUCAAAAGUGAAUUAUAUUUGAGAGAUACAUUUUAAUUUGUACCUGUCAGGUGUUUUAACAUUAAAUUACUUUUAGUGAGCGAACAGUCCCGGCUCCUGCUCUUUGUUAAACAGCGUGUUGCCUUUUGCUCGGUGCAGGUAGUGAAGUAGCGUGCAGCAGUUUGAGCACGGCGUGGAUUUGGCAGCUUUUAUCUCCUCUCUGCUUUUUAACUCUAGGUCAAAUAACUCAGUGAACUAUUAGGAUUACCAAAACCUCUAUUACACUUAAAACUCAGCAAAUCUUCAUCCACUGUGAUUGUAAGGCUGAAAGUCCGUUACAAUACCAGUGAUUCCUUGAAUCACACUUACGCUCACUGUUACCUCGCAGUUUUUCGUCUCGUCGCUUGUCUUGUCGUUCAGAUGUGCAGUGCCUGUUCAACACUCAAGUGCCCAAACCUUCAGCAGUGUGGUUUGGCCUCAGUUGGAUUUAUGUCUGAGUGUAUCUGUGAUAUGGAUAGAUGGUGUUUAGAUAUCGCUAUCUGCUCUUCUAACACUUCCUUUACUAACAGUACAGUUUACUCUCUUUUGUGGCGUGCGUAGAAACAUAAGCAGAUAUGUAAAUGCUGAGCAAACUCAUAACACAGAGCCAUAGUUAGCUGAAAUUAGCCUUAAAGACACCCUGGAGGCCUGCCAGGCUUUAUGAACUCUUUCUUUUUUUCUCAUGUAGCACAGGGUCAGAGCUUUAAUCCAGAUUUUCACUUCUCUCUGCUCUCUCUUCUCAGUCUAAAUGUUUUUGUUUCUACUCAGAUUUCUUACUCUGAUUUCUUUUUUACUGCCCACUUUAGGAACUGUACAUAUUUUAUUCCCUUAAAGAGUUACCCCUGUUACACCUCUUUGGAUUGAAAGUUACUCUUGCUGUCACACUCAAGUUGUGAUGACAAAGCAGGAAUUUAAUGUUACAAAAGUCAGUCAUUGCAUAGAUAGGUUGAAAGAUGAGCAUGUGAUGGGGUCAUGAACGCAGCACAUCCUGUACCGAUGGUGCUGGAGCGGUUUUCAGUUGGGAAACGUAAUGUGGAUCAGUUUGAUCAAUGACUACCAGAUGAUACAAUAUUUACAGAAAUCCUCUGGUUCGGUCACUAAAUUAUGGGGUCUUGUUACAACUUUAUCAUAGAAAGCCAGGGCCCGGUCACUUGAACAGUUUGAUUUGAAAAAAAAAAAGAUUUGGAAAUCCCCUCUUUCAACUCUUGAGGAUGAGGUAAACCAGGUUCAUUUUGUCCCUGAUUUAUAAGGGGACGAAGUCUUUGUUUAUUUACUCCCUUAAAUUAUCCUUGUUUUCUAAGUCACAAUAGUGAUUCAUCCUUUUAAGAGUGUAACUAUAACAGAAAUGUCUCAAGUGUCAGCCUUAUUUAAAAAACGAUGUCAUGUUAGAUUAUUUUUGAAAAUGAAUAAUAAUUUUGCACCUGUAAUCCGCUGAAGUCAAACUAAUCCAGAUUUGUUUCAGACCAGUACUGAACCUGGAAUUUAUAUCUCGAUAAAAACCAAGAUUGUAUUACCUGAUCUUAUGUGAUUUCUUAUGCCCUUUUUCUCAUGUAAAGUCUUUUUUCUGAUUUAAUUCAGUCCUUAAAUUUUAAUCCAAUCAGACCACCUUUGACUAACUGGGCCCAGAUGACAGUAAUUGUGUGAGGACAGCACGUUUCGACCCCUAGAUGGCAGCAGCGUAGAGCGAUUUAAUCCACACUGAGUUACUCCUUAAAUGAGCCUUAUAGGUGGCUGCCUGGUGAAGAUUUAAACCUGACAUGAACCUUUGUGCAGCCGCCUUCAUGUAAUGGUGUGAUUUGCUUUUUGUGAAUCACAUCAUGAAUAAUAAACCACUUUUAAUGAUCAUUUUACCUGAACGUUGUUUUAAGAAGUUCAUUCAGUUGUACCUCUCUUUCUUUAGUUCUGUAAAUAAACAUGAGGCUCCUGGUUUGUUUUGAUUAAAAAAAUUCUCCAGUUCUUUUUUUUUUUUUCUUACAGUGUAUUAACACUUUGAUUCAAGUUUCUGUUCCUGCAACUAUUUCACCUGCUGGAAAUGUUGGUGUUAGCACUGCCUGACUUUCUACGAGCACUACAGUGAUUUUUGAUAUUCUUUGUCAUGAAGUGAUGGCCAGUAUUUUAAAAGGAGUGGUUGAUAUCAAUCGUUGAGAUGAACAGAGGUCACAUGAUCACCAGACAAUCUCUCAUUUUCUAUCUGUGACACUGAGUUUGGUCUGCAGAGGCCAUGGUGGGUGACAUUUUUAAUUUGGCUGCACCAUGCAGGAUUGAGAGUUUCAGGCCUCACUCGAACAUCAAAAUCGAACAUUUAUAAUGCUCCUUAAGAAAAGUCUGUCCACUUAGUUUAUAUCAUCCUUUAAGAUGACACAGUAGAAGAGUCAUAGGAUCAUAGCUUUCACACAUCACACCCAAAUCAACCAACCAACCCGAGUAUUUGUUUGCAGAGUGUGUUACAUAAAAGUAUCCAGAUAAGAACUCAGACUCAACUCUUUUUAUGCUCUUGUUAUUUAGUAAAGUAGCUUUCUGUACACAGUGCCUUUGGUAAAAACAGAACAGAUGGUUCACACUUGAACAUGCAGUUUGUUGACUGUCAUGGUCAGACACUUGGAGGUGCUGAUGAGAUAAUAAAAGAAGACUUAAGAAGCAGACUUACUUGUAGAAUAUCCGGAUGUUUUACCUCUAUGAUGAUAAUAUUCAGCUCUAGGUUUUCCUCUUUCUACUCGCGCAAUUUUCUGCACUUCAGAUAUACAAGGGAACAGAUAUAUACUGUGUAUAUCAAAGUUACAUAAAAUAUAUAAUUAUAGAUGUAGCGUUCAACAGCUUUCCUUUGAAAUCCAGACCUCUGAACACCUUGUCAUUCAUAAUUUUGGCCAUCAUAUUGUGUGCCAACAGAUAUUCCUCAUUUGAGUUGCAUUGACUAAUCAGAAGCUGUUCCUCCAAGUGGCAUUUCAGAGGAGAAUGAGGUUAAAGACCAAACACUAUCGACCUACGCCUUAACUCUUGUCUUCAUCUGAUUCAUGUUCAUCUGUCGUCUCUCAUGGAAAUAAUCUGUAAUCUCUAAUUAAAGGUAUAUUGUGGAUUAAUCUUGUGAUUUCUCAUGUAACACUGGCCUAUGGAGACCUGAUCCAGCAUGGCAUUUGGAGCAUGUGUUCAUGUUAUUCUGUGUGCCACCAUAUAAUAAAUGUUACACCACUUCA